GUGCUGAAAUGGAACAUAUAUUUCUGAUUCUUUUACUGUUUAGUAAGGCUUCAUCCGUUGGAGCUCAAUUCAAUGGAUACAACUGUGAUGCCAACUUUCACAGCCGUUUCCCUGCGGAGAGGGAUAUCAGUGUGUACUGUGGGGUGCAGACCAUCACCCUCAAGAUCAACUUCUGCCCUGUCCUCUUUUCUGGCUACACAGACACUGACAUGGCCCUCAAUGGUCGCCAUGGAGAUUCCCACUGCCGUGGUUUCAUCAACAAUAACACAUUUCCAACUGUGGUAAUCUUUAGUAUCAGCCUGGCGACGCUGGAGUCCUGUGGCAAUUCUCUGGUGGUCUCCACGGCUCAAGGACCCAACGCUUAUGGUAACCUGUCACUGGUGCAGAUUGGAAACAUAUCAGGGUAUAUCGACACACCCGAUCCCCCCACCAUCAUCAGCUACCUGCCAGGUCUGCUGUACAAGUUUAGCUGCAGUUACCCACUGGAAUACCUGAUCAACAACACACAGCUGGCCUCGUCAGCAGCUGCAAUCUCAGUGAAGGAAAGCAAUGGUACUUUCAUCAGCACAUUGAAUCUACUACUUUACAAUGACACGUCAUACAUUCAGCAGCUGUCCAUCCCCAUGGCAGGACUGACCCUGAAGACGCGAGUCUUUGCUGCCGUAAAAGCUUCAAACCUGGAUAGGAGAUGGAACGUUCUAAUGGACUACUGCUACACCACCCCCUCUGGAAAUCCCAACGAUGACCUCCGAUAUGAUCUUUUCUUUGGCUGUGAAAAAGACCCCCAGACCGCCGUCUUUGAAAAUGGGAAGAGCCAAAUGGGCCGCUUUGCCUUUGAAGUAUUCCGCUUUGUAAAGCACAAGAAUCAGAAGAUGUCUACAGUCUUCCUACACUGUGUCACCAAACUGUGUCGAUCAGAUGACUGCCCAAUGCUCAUGCCAAUCUGUGGCAGCAGGAAAAAGAGAGAUGUCAUAGAGGGAAAGGAAUCAAAUUCUGCAUCUGGGAAUGCCGUUCUAACUGCUGGGCCAAUCAUCACUCGGAGUGAUGAAACGCCAACCAACAACUCUCAACUGGCCCAUCUGAAAGCUCCAGUGUUUCAGAUGAACACAGUGACAAGCGCGCUCAUCUCUGGCGUGAUCAUCCUGGGCGUCAUGAGUGUUUGCUUCUUCGUCUUCUCCCUCACUCUCCUCAAAGGCAAAAGUGCUCCUGUCAGCACCCUGUCCGGAGUCCGGAACCCAGCCUUCAACUGAGCACCGCGACAAUGCUCAGUGAGUGGCAAACAACUUGAUGUAACAUGAUGUUGGUGCAGGUAGUACUUUUUACAGGAGAAUGAAAGCUCAAUGUUGUAGGUCUGUGCAUUAGUGUAGAAGUAAAGCAGGACUUUUAAUAUGUUGUUCUGUACUUUGUGUUUCAACCAUGUGGCGGGCGAGGCCUAGACUGCCUGUAAUUUUUUUGACCCACAUAGCGGGGACACUCAUAACUUAAUUCAUUACCUCAGCUAUUCAGCUUUCAAUUGCAGGGUAUAGGAUCAAUUUAAAAGUCUUACAGUACAUGAUAGUGCAUGAUCUGUUGGUAAAAUAUACACUUCCUGCUUAAAGGCGGAAAUGGAAGAACUUCAUUUGGAUAUACAUAACUUGAGAUAUUGAUGGAAUUCUACUGUACGGAAAUAAGCUAAAAACCUUCAAUUAAUGAAUUCAGUGAACUAACUUGACAAAUUUCCCCUUGGGGAUUAAUAAAGUAUCUAUCUAUCUAUCUAUCUAUCAUCUAUCUCUAUCUAACAGAAAGCCUCAGGCUUGGAUGGUAAGUUUAAAGUUUUCUCAACAUAAAAAUCUAACCUUUAAAAGUGUAUUUAUAUCAUAAUGUGGCUACAUAUAGAGUAGUAGUUUUGUGAUUAAUCAUUUAAGAGGUCUGUUCUACCUAAAUAUGUUUUACACUCUCUUUUUCACUCUCAUUUCUUUUUUUAAAUUAGUUUGCAAUGUGACAGAAAUGAAAGAUUCAUUUGUACAUGUACCCAAUGUAAUUGUGUAUAACUUAAUAAUAUAAUGUACAAAUUGUGUACAAUUGUGCAUAUCGCAAAUAUUGCACUUUGACUUGUGAUUAAAACGUGCCCGGUGUCACAUUUCUAAACAUA